GACUACUCAUACAAGAAUAGAACAGGAAGUGUUGAUGUUUCUCAAGCUAGUAAUUUGCGUAGUGAUAUCUGCAGCUCUACAAUGCUUUGCAGUAUUAUCAGAAGGCUUUGGGUUCACCUACAAUGGCUUCCAAUCUGCGAAUCUCAGCCUGGAUGGCCUAGCAGAGAUCAAAUCCAAUGGUCUGUUGCAGCUAACAAACGAGACGAAACUCGGGUAUGGUCGAGCCUUGUACCCGAUACCUAUCCGUUUCAAGAAUUCAUCAAAUGAUGAUUCUGUUUUCUCGUUCUCCACCACUUUUGUGAUUGCCAUAGUGCCCAAGAUUGCUCGUUUAACAGGCCAUGGAUUGGCCUUUGCGAUUUCGCCCGUGGGAGGCCUCCCGGGGGCGCUCCCGGGCACAUAUCUUGGCCUAUUCAACGACACGAACAAUGGCAACGCCAAUAACCAUGUGGUGGCGGUGGAGCUGGAUACUCACCAGAGCGGCGAGUUCAAUGAUGUGAAUGACAAUCAUGUUGGGAUUGACAUAAAUGGUUUGAAAUCCAUAGUAGCAGAGCCUGCAGGGUACUAUGAUGACAAGAAUGGGAAUUUGUUUCAUAACUUGAGCCUUUCUAGUGGCAAGCCAAUCCAAGUUUGGGUAGAAUAUGAUGGCAGGGCUAAGCAAAUGAAUGUCACAUUGGCUCCCUUGUAUAUGGCUAAACCAAAAAUGCCAAUUUUGUCUUUGCCAUAUGAUCUUUCGCCGGCUAUAUCUGAAAUUGCCUCUAUCGGGUUCUCAGCUUCCACUGGCGCGGUACUAACCACCCAUUAUGUUCUUGGGUGGAGCUUCAAAAUGAAUGGAAAUGCACAAGAACUUGAUCCAUCUCACUUCCCAGAGCUCUCGCGUGUUGGGCCCAAAUGGAAACAGACUGUCUUGGUCUUGAAGAUUGGUUUGCCAAUAGUUUUGUUUGUGAUAAUCAGCUCAGGUGUGGUGGUGUAUGUGUAUUAUGUAUUAAGGAAGAGGAAAUUUGCAGUAUCCCAUGAAGAAUGGGAACUUGAGUAUGGACCUCACAAGUUCAAGUAUAAAGAAUUGUGUAAAGCCACCAAAAGAUUCUCAGAAAAAGAGGUUUUGGGUACAGGGGGUUUUGGCAGAGUGUAUAGAGGGAUUGUGGCUAAUUCGAAAAGGCAAGUUGCUGUCAAGAAAGUGUCUCAUGAUACACGGCAGGGAUUGAAGGCUUUCACUGCUGAAAUUGUUAGUUUAGGGAGAUUGUGCCAUAGGAAUUUAGUUCCUCUUCUUGGUUAUUGCAGGCGUCAAGGAGAGUUGCUUUUGGUUUAUGAAUUCAUGCCUAACGGAAGCCUAGACAGUUAUCUGUUUGACAACCCGAAAUGCUCUUUAAGUUGGGAGCAAAGGUUUCAUGUCAUCAAAGGAGUGGCAUCCGCACUCUUUUAUCUACACGAAGGAUGGGAGCAAGUAGUGAUUCAUCGGGACAUAAAAGCUAGUAAUGUCAUGUUAGAUGGGGAAAUGAAUGGAAGAUUAGGAGAUUUCGGCCUGGCAAGAUAUUACGGUCACGGUGCUAAUCCUCAAACUACUUAUGCAGCUGGAACUCUAGGCUACAUUGCACCGGAGCACGUCAGAACAGGCAAGACCACAACUAGCACUGACGUUUUUGCUUUCGGGGCAUUCUUGCUUGAAGUUGCAUGCGGGAGAAGGCCAAUAGAGUCGAAAGCGCCAUACGAGGAUCAAACAUUGAUAGAAUGGGUGUUUUUUUGGUGGAGUAAAGGCGAAAUUGUUCAUGCGGUUGAUCAUAAGUUAGGAGGGAAUUAUUUGGAAAAUGAAGUAGAAUUGGUUCUAAAGCUUGGCUUGUUAUGUUCUCUUCUAGACCCAAUGUCAAGGCCAACUAUGCGUCAAGUGCUUUCAUACUUAGAGGGCUCUAUUUCACCACCAAACUUGUCAUCUCUUAGUCUCUCCGUGGGAGGCCUAACAGUUACCCAAAGUGGAGGGAUAGAUGAUAUUGUUGUGUUGGGUGAACAAUGUAGUUCCUCAGUCACAAACUCAAUUCUUUCUGAAGGUCGUUAACUGAAAUUGUAUGUAUAUGUUAACGUAUCUAGGAUCAAUGUGUAUAAGGAUUAAUUUUGUUGGCUGCAUGUGAUAUCUCUCUCUUUUUAUGUUGAAAAAAUUACCUCUCAAAAUAU